AUGAAGGAAACAUACCCGCACCUUUUGCACCUGGAGCGUGUGGCUCCAAGCACAGCUUUCGCGGCGCCAGAGAGCCGCCGGAGUCUCAGCGCCCAUUGGCUGAGAGACUCCUGGUCCAAUGGGGCAACAGAGACCCGUGAUCAGCAGCCAAUGGUGAGAGAGUUUCGCGUCCCGCGGAACGGAGUGGGAUCAAAGACCACGCCCAGAGUGAGCCACUGGUCCGAAGUCCCACUGCAGCAGGUGCAGGAGGUUGAAGAUGGCGGUGGCUUCCGAGCAUCCACUGAGUCCUGGAACUCAUGCUGCAAGACCACCAUACUGCAGUUCAAGUCCUUGUCCCCAAAGGAGCUACAGGCCUUCAAGAGGAUCAAAGAUGCCUUUGAAGAGUCUCUCCUGCCAGAGGACUGCAGAGGCAGCUCCCACCUCUUCCCCCGGCCCUGGAGCCUGAGGCAGCUGCAGGUGUGGGAGCGCCCUGUGACCCUGGAGGCUGAGCUGGCCCUGACACUGAAGGUCCUGGAGGCUGUAACUGAGGAGGCCCUGAGGGACGUCCUGGACCAGCCCCUUCACACACUGCGCCACAUCCAGUCCCAGCUCCAGGCCUGUGGCCGGGUUCAGCCCACAGCAGGCCCCAGACUCCGAGGUCACCUUCGGAACUGGCUGCACCAACUCCAGGAGGCCCCGAAGAAGGAGUCCCCUGGCUGUCUGGAGGCCUCCAUCACAUUCCACCUCUACCACCUCCUCAAACACAACCUGAAAUGUGUUGCUGAUGGACACCGUGUGUCUGAGAACCUGAACCCACCUGCCACCUGUCGUGGACUCGGAGAUUUUAUUUAUGCCUCAACUUCUUAA